CUAAAUUAUUGCACAGCACUGCAAGCGCUUGUCCAGCUUCUGCCUCUGCCUCAGCUUUCUGCCCAACAAGAGUUACCAGUUUCAAGGACUGGGCCACUAUGACGUUCGCAGAUGUGCUGACUGACCAUGAGAAAGAGCUGGUGGAGCAGCUCAAGCGCGAAGUAGCGCCAAUCGUUGAGCGGCACCCGUGCCUUCAGGCUUUCUGUAUUCCGCACACCUACGUGCGCUACCUACGAGCCAGGCAAUGGAAUCUGCAAAAGGCGUCGAAAAUGCUCAAGGCCACACUUGAAUGGCGCCUGGAGUACAAGCCGCAUCUCAUCAAGUGGGACGAGGUGAAGGACGAGGGCACCACGGGCAAGCAGUACGUGUACCACUGUGUGGACAAGGCGGGCCGACCGACCGUUCUGAUGCGCCCCCGCAACCAGAACACAAAGGAGACCGACCGCCAGAUUCGGCACCUCAUUUACACGCUGGAGGCCGCGUCGCGGCAAGCGGACCGCCUGGGCGUGGGCAAGUUCACGUGGCUGUUGGACUUUGAGGGUUACACCAUGGCCAACGCGCCGCCGCUCAAGGUGUCCAUGCAUUGCAACAGCGUGCUGGCCAACCACUACCCCGAGCGCCUGGGCCUGGCGGUGUGCUACCACGCGCCCUACCUGUUCUCGCUCACCUGGAAGGCGGUGCAGCCGUUCAUCGACCCGGUGACCAAGCAGAAGAUCGUGUUUGUGGACAAGGGCCCCAAGGAGAAGGACGAGAUGGGCGCGCGGUUCGACCUGACCCAGAUGGAGCAGUGCAUGGGCGGCGCGCUGCCCAACUACGCGUACGACCACGACAAGUACGGCGACCGCAUGCACGAGUACGACAAAGAGGUGGCGGCGGAGCUGGACAAGCUGAGCGGCCGCAUGUGCGCGGCGGCGCACGCUGCCGACCACCACGAGCAGCACGAGCACGCCAUCCAGGGCAUCGCCGAGGCGACGGAGAAGCUGAGCGUGACUGUGACCGCUACCUGAGCACCUGGAGGAGUGCGGAGUCUGGAGGGCUGCAAGGAGGGUCCGGUGGUGGUUGGGAUUUGUCAAGGGGGGAGUUUAAGGUUGGGUUGAGGAGGUUGCAGCGCGAAGGUAAAAGGCGGUUGCAGGUCCAUGGCUUGUAGGCAUACAUACGAUGGGAGAAUCGGGUUAAUCUGUUCAUGUUCAUGUUGUGCCGGCUGUCAAGUUGCGUACCGUAUCACCAUUGCAUGUUGUGGGGCUGAGGGCAGGCAGGACCUAGGCAGGACUGGGGACGAUGGCUGGACAGAUGGUGGGGUGUCGAUGACUUUUGAAGCAGGAUGGAGGCGCGUGAGAGGCUGCCUAGCGUUUCAGCCAUACUGCAAAUACAAUUUACAGUAUUGAAGAGCCUCAGAUUGGACCCCCAUCAGUGAUACACUGGUACCGGCCGAAUCACGGGCUCCACGAAUCCUGGAAUCCAGAUUCGGAGUACGCAUGCCCACCUGGAGGACUGAAGCAGGGGCACCCCACAGCACGGUCCUGCUGUGCGAAUCCAGGUUUCGGCGUGGCACUGAAUCCCGAAACUCCUGCUCCAUGUCAGUGUUGGCCCGGCACUCACUCGAUUGGCUCCUGCUGCUACUGAUUUGCUGUCUCGUCAGGAAGCCAGCGCUCGUAUCUUCCUUCGUUCGGAACGAAAUUUGCCCAAAAAGGCCUCUGGCGGACUUGGAGUUUCGGCCAAAACGCACGGGAUCUUGGGGGGUCUUUCGGCAAACAGACGAAGACAUUUUGGGGAUUUCGGCCACUUGUGGCCAAGGACAGGGGGUUCCAGCGGCUACUCCACGGCCGAAACCUGCGUGGCAUGGUAAGAAGGCUCAAAGGGCUGUAUCUAUGGGUGUUGACGGCGGGAGACAGGGGUUCCCCUGGCGGGAGAGUGAGGUUGGGUCGGCCGUCGGCGGGAAGAAGGGGAGGAGUGGGCGUGUCGUGUCGGUGUCGACAUCGUG